AUGCGAGCAGUUUCAAAGAAAACUCACAAAGUUAUUGAAAUGCUAAUGAUUUCCAUUAAUGUGGUAUUCAUUUUCGUUUCUUCCUUAUUAAUUUUGGCAGCUUCUAUUUUAUAUGGAAUUAAGAAUUUCGAAAUUGUGCCAACAAGUACAAUGACAUAUAUUUUUCCUGUCUUUGCUGUGAUUGUUUUCUUCAUGUUUGCUUUUGUUAUUUCAAUGGUUAUCAGCUCUGGAGUUUUGGUUAUUCGAAACAUUAGGAAAACAACUCAAAAUGUUACUCAAUCCAUUCAGAAAAAUAAUCACAGUAAUAGCUCUGUAAGGAUUUCAUUAGAAACUCAAACAUUUGAAAAGAGAGUUCAAUCACCAUUCAAAAUUACCAUUGGAUUAAUGAUAGGUUUAGUUUUGUGUAUUUUAUUAGAAAUAAUUUCCGUUAGUUUAGCUGCAGGAGUCACAGCUUUUGAAGAAAUCAAAGCAGUUUGGCAUUUCUUCAAUUGUCUAGGUGUUUUAAUCUAUUCAGUUUUGGUUUUAUUUCUUUUCUAUCCAUUAUUCUUGGACUCUGAAAAGGCGCUCAAUGAAAUUGAAAAGAGAAAUGAAAUUGUGAAAAGCUCAACAACAACAAAAACUGAAUCAUUAGUUUCGACACCAGUUGCUGCAUUGUUUUCUGCCGCUAGUGAACAUUAA